CAAAUUUUUCUUGUAACACAACACCUAGCUAAUUAAUCAUCCAAACACAAAACAAGAACAAAAACCUAUUCCUACUCCUCUAGCUACUUGUAUUAAAUCAAAUAAUCUUUGUUUGGUUAUUUUUUUUCUUUCAAAAAUGACAAUUUCUAGUGAGAAAUUAGAAAAUACCAACAAUAUUUUCCAUCUCAAUAUUCCCCACAUUCAUUUCCAUAAUCAUAAUAAUGAUCAUGAAAUUGGGAAUAAAGAUAUCCCAAAAGGGUGUUUGGCUGUAAUGGUUGGAGAAGAAGAGGAACAAAGAGAAAGGUUUGUUAUUCCUGUUAUUUACAUAAACCACCCUCUCUUUAUUAAACUUCUUAAAGAGGCUGAAGAAGAGUAUGGCUUUGAUCAAAAGGGUCCAAUUGUCAUUCCUUGCCACGUGGACCAAUUCAGAACCGUUCAAACCAUCAUUGAUCAAGAAAAUAAUUCUCUCAAUCAACACCAUCAUCAUCACCAUCAUCAUCACCACCAUCAUAAUCAUGUUUGGUGUUUUAGGGUUUGAUUUUUAUUAAAUUUCUCAUGUAAUUAAUUGAUUGAAUUUGUUUUUAUUUUUUUUGGAUCAAAAGACAAAAUUGUGUGUUGAUUUGAAAUUAUUAAUAUUAUUAUUGUACAAUUUUAUUACUUAAUUGUGUGUUUGUGUUUGGUUUUGA